GCGGACGCGGAGUGGAGUUUCUCAGGUAGGCCGUAGCCGCCGCCGCGAUCGCGCGUAUCGCUUCGUUCUCGCGGCUGUACGGGCGGACGAACGGGCGAUCACCGGCAGGAACAGUGGGAACGAGUCGAACGAGCGGGUGGGUCCUGCCGUGGCGUCGCGAUCCGCGCCGUCGUCCACGAAGCAGCGCUCUCUCCGCGCUGCUUGAUCGCGAUCCACUCGAUCCGGACGAGAGCCACUCUUAUCGGCCGCCAUCUUGCUACCAAGAACGGAGCUUGUGACAGACGGGCCUGCCUGUCGCAGUCGUGUAGAGCGAGCGCACACGCGUGGGAGAGAGAAAGGGAGAGAGAGAGAGAGAGAGAGAGAGAGAUACGGCGACCCCUUCAUGCGGUACGUGCGCCCUUCACGUCGUCGCCUCUGCUUCGUUCCGCGAACAGUCGCGCUUGAACGUAAUUCCGAGCAGCGGAGAGUAGCCUAAGAGAAAAUACGCGGAAUCGCAUAUCGAUACACCGCAGUCAAGUGCUUAAACAGCGUACACGCACGAGAGCGCGCGCGCGCGCGCACGCCGCACAGUCGUCAUCAUCGUCGUCGUCGCCGUCGUCCGCUCUCAUCGCAAUGGCAAUGGAGACGCCACGGGAGCGAGAGAUCGCUGCCGAGGACAGCAUCAAGGUUGUCUGCAGGUUCCGACCCUUGAACGACUCCGAGGAGAAGGCCGGCUCCAAGUUCAUCGUCAAGUUCCCGUCCGGUGGCGAUGAAAACUGCAUCUCUAUCGGGGGCAAAGUAUAUCUUUUUGAUAAAGUAUUUAAGCCGAAUGCUACGCAAGACAAAGUCUACAAUGAGGCAGCGAAAUCUAUUGUUACGGAUGUCCUGGCGGGAUACAACGGAACCAUCUUUGCGUACGGUCAAACAUCAUCAGGUAAAACGCACACGAUGGAAGGAGUCAUUGGCGAUCCCAACAAACAGGGUAUCAUCCCUAGAAUCGUCAAUGACAUCUUUAAUCACAUCUACGGCAUGGAGGAGAACCUCGAGUUCCACAUCAAAGUCUCAUACUUUGAGAUUUACAUGGACAAAAUCAGGGAUCUUCUCGAUGUAUCUAAGGUUAACUUAAGCGUGCACGAAGACAAGAACCGGGUGCCGUUCGUGAAGGGCGCGACCGAGCGGUUUGUUUCUAGUCCCGAGGAGGUAUUUGAAGUUAUAGAGGAGGGCAAGUCGAAUCGGCAUAUCGCCGUCACUAACAUGAACGAGCACAGCUCGCGCUCCCAUUCCGUUUUUCUCAUAAACGUCAAGCAGGAGAACUUGGAGAACCAGAAAAAGCUCUCCGGCAAAUUGUAUCUCGUCGAUUUGGCCGGCUCGGAAAAGGUUUCGAAAACUGGUGCUGAAGGAACGGUGCUCGACGAAGCGAAGAACAUCAACAAGUCUCUGUCGGCGCUAGGUAACGUAAUCUCGGCGUUGGCUGACGGCAAUAAGACCCACAUUCCUUACCGCGACUCGAAAUUAACGAGAAUUCUGCAAGAGUCGUUGGGUGGCAACGCCAGGACCACUAUCAUCAUUUGUUGUUCGCCCGCUAGCUUCAACGAGUCCGAGACAAAGUCGACCCUGGAUUUCGGUAAACGAGCCAAGACCAUCAAGAACGUCGUAUGCGUGAACGAGGAGUUGACGGCCGAAGAAUGGAAACGUCGCUACGAACGCGAGAAGGAUAAAGUGGCAAGAUUGAAGGGCAAGGUGGACAAAUUGGAGGCGGAAUUGUCGCGCUGGCGGCAGGGUGAGACCGUCCGGCCGGAGGAGCAAGUCAGCUUGGUCGAGGGGCCGGAUGUUACCACACCGAUCAACGUCCCCAUUGAAGUUAAACUGGAUGAUAGCCCAAUGCCUGCCACUCCCGGUGGCGGCCUCAUGAUCGGUUCCCUCUCGAACGAGGAGAGACAGAAGCUCGAGGAGGAACGCGAGAGGCUGUAUCAGCAGCUGGACGACAAGGACGAGGAGAUCAAUCAGCAAUCGCAGUACGUCGAGAAACUGAAGGAGCAGAUGGACGAGCAGGAAGAACUUAUCGCCAGCGCGAGACGAGAUUACGAGCAGCUGCAGCAGGAGAUGAACCGAAUACAGCAGGAGAACGAGAGCGCUAAGGAGGAGGUGAAGGAGGUGCUGCAGGCGCUGGAGGAGCUCGCGGUGAAUUAUGAUCAGAAGUCGCAAGAGGUCGAGUUGAAGAACAAAGAGCAGGAGUCCAUGACGGAGGAGCUCCUGGCUAAACAGGUGAUCCUGAACAAUACCGCGUCCGAGUUGCAACAGCUGCGCGACCUGUCGACUCAUCAGAGGAAACGCGUCGCGGAAAUGCUGGCAAACUUCCUGAAAGAUCUGGGAGAGAUCGGUGUGGCUAUUGGUGGAGAAUCCAACGAGAAUCUAAAGAUUGCUCCACCGGAGAGCAAUGGAAAACUCGAGGAAGAGUUCACAGUUGCGCGGCUGUUCAUUAGCAAGAUGAAGUCCGAAGUGAAGAACUUGGUGCAGCGAUGUCAGGGAUUAGAAAGUUUUCAAGUAGACUGUAACAAGAAAGUUUCCGAAUAUGAAAAGGAUCUGGCCGAGUACCGGUUGUUGAUCUCGCAGCAUGAGGCGCGCAUGCAAACCUUGACGGAAUCGAUGAAGGAGGCCGAAACUCGCAAGCGAACUCUAGAGGAAAAUGUGGAUGCGUUGCGCGAGGAAUGCGCGAAGUUGAAAGCCGCUGAACAGGUGCAGGCGGUGACUAACAAGGAGAAAGCCGAGGAGAAGGAAGCGGCGACGAAGAUGCGAGUGGCCUUGGAGGAACAGAUGGAUCAGCUGAGAGACGCGCAUCAAAAACAGGUUGCCGCACUUAGGGACGAGUUGUCUGAGAAGCAGAAACAGAUCAGUGAACUCAAGGACCGCAAUCAGAAAUUCAACUUGGCGCACCAGCAGAUGCAGUCCGAUUACGAACGGUUGAAGCAAGAAGAAGCUAACAAGUCUGUCAAGCUGCAGGAGCUUAUGUUGCUGAAUGAACGCCGGGAACAAGCAAGGAAAGAUCUCAAAGGAUUGGAGGAGACGGUAGCGAAGGAACUGCACACUCUGCACAGCCUGCGCAAACUCUUCAUCACGGACAUGCAUAAUAAACUGAAGAAGACCAUCAAUGCGGAGGAUAACGAGAACGAUGGCGGUUCUCUCGCGCAGAAACAGAAGAUCUCCUUCUUGGAAAAUAAUCUGGACCAACUGACGAAGGUGCACAAACAACUUGUCAGGGACAACGCUGAUCUUCGUUGCGAGUUGCCCAAGCUGGAGAAACGAUUGCGAGCGACAAUGGAGCGCGUCAAAGCCCUGGAGACGGCGCUGCGCGAUGCCAAGGAAGGCGCGAUGCGGGAUCGCAAGCGCUACCAGUACGAGGUGGAUCGAAUUAAGGAGGCAGUCAGGCAAAAGAAUCUGGCGCGUCGUGGACCGAGCGCGCAGAUCGCAAAGCCUAUUCGCGCCGGCCAACACCAUUUGAGCAACGUUAACGCCAUCAGAACCGGCAAUCGCGAUAUGGGUAACAGCGUACAGUGAUCGUGAUCGCAUAAUGCCAAAACCCUUCACUUUUGCAGAAACCGAAUGCAAGAACGCUUUCAUGGACGAAAACAAAAGAAUUCCAGCGGCUCUUAUGUAUAAUGGAUAUGCAUAAAUGUUAUAAUUAUUAUUAAAGUAAGGGCAAUAGUACUAUAUAUUAUCCGCAAGGAGAGCACCGCCAGUUUUCUUUUAAUUUUCUUUACUCUUUUUCUUUCUUCCUCGGAGCAAGAGCAUGUGCUUAGGUAUAUAAAUAUAUAUAAGUGCAUUAAAUUAUACAUAUACAUAUAUAUAUAUAUAACACGAGCGCUGCAUGUCCCGUCGAUGUAAAUAGUUAAUUUUUAUAAAUUAUUUAAUUUAAUAUCACAUAUAUAUGCAUGAUAACGAUUCGAUGAUAACAUGAAUGUAUCUCUAUGUGAAUGGUCACACGGAGAAGCCUCUCGCCACACUCUCGGAACAUUUAUACACACCUAGCGAUGGUGUCCCUAUUUAAAUCGCGCUCGAUUUGAGUCGCUUGAAGAAAACAAGAAUCUUGCACCCGCGAUCUUACGAGCAUGAAUCGAGGAUCGCGUGUACCACGAUCCUCGUGAUCUCGGAAGAGACGCGGAGAUCUUCGAUACUUAAAGACAAUUUAGUUUAAACGCCACCAAUCCACUGAAAGAUCAGGAUGACGAUCGGACAUGCGGCUUCGAGCGAGCAUAAAAGAUGUUUGUGGCUUGCACACAAGAGUAUUUGUAAUUAUAAGAAAUCUCCUCCCGCACGCCCCAUGCCCCACGCAGCUGAUAAAAACGCUCCGCGAGAGAUGAGAGUGCCUGCUAUCGCUAGGCUCACUUUGCUGAGGAGAGCACGCUUGACCGUGGUCAAGCGCAGAAUUGCCUCUCCAGAGCGCUCGUGCGUGCGUUUCACGCAGCUGGGAUGAGUGCAUGCGUGCGUACGUGCGUUAAUGGAGCGAAAGCAAAUUGUGAGAAGGAUGUGUCUCCGACAGGGACUAAUCGAAAAACAGCUAUCGCUUGACUCUCGCUUCUUUUUCUCUUCACUUUGAUGUAGCGCGCCGACCUAAUUCUAAUUUCGCGCGUCCAGCUGAAAUUAAUUUAUUCCUGCGAUAAAAGAGGCUGCUUUACUCUCGCGUCGGCGAUUUUCUGUGAAACGCACAGAGCGACGAGCGAAGCUCCGGGAACCCCGGAGCUUCUUCUCCCCUUCGCCUCGGACACGAGUCAAGUGUAUGCGAAUUUUAAUGUACGUCAUUCGCUCAGCGAGUUUCCCCGCAGUUCCGUUACUGCGUAGUGACCCGCAGAGUCUGGUUGUGAGCCGAUGCACCGAGGUUCGCUUGCGUUCCUAAUGGAAAGCACUGAAAAAGAAAGAGGAAAAGAAACCUCACGAGGAAUUUCAUUCGUGUCUUUCAUUUGUGGCGUCGUCGUUAACCCGCCCUUUUUGUUAUUAAAUCUUUUACUGCUCCUUUCUCCGAAAGCUAGUUUAAUGACAAUCUCGUAUAUAUUUAUAUCACAUUAUUUUAUACACUCCUUUUCUUCGUCCCGUUUACACGGUAAAAAUGUAAUAAACCACUUGUAAAUUUAUUAAAUUUAUAAGGCUUCUCUCUUCGUUAAGGAUCACGUGUUCGUUAGUUAUAUCGCGCUAAUUUAAUCGAGAUAAGAUAUAAAUCGCCCAUCGUGUCCGGGCAAGGGUUAAUGAUGGCCUUCACGUAUACACUCGCGCAUUUUCUUCGGUACACGGUACUCUCCUCUAAUCCCGUGGAUCUCGCGUUUGUUAUUGCUUUUUACAAGACUCGCUCGCGCGGCAAUCGCGUAUACUCUCGACGUAAUCUCUCCCUCUCUAUCUCUCAGUCUCGUGUCGAGCAAGGAACUAUUUAUAAACGAAUAUACGAUUAUUUACGCGCGCGAAGCCCUCAGAGUUGUAACUGAGUGUGAGACCGCCUGCGAAAUGUCUAUAUUUAAUGAUAAUAAAUAUAAGUUGCACUUGUAAGCGAUUCUGCGAGUGGAGCAUGCAUGGUGCGCGAAGCGCGUUAAGAAGCGCGCGUCGAGAAAGUAUUCGGCUAUACGUUUCUGCCACACCUUCCGUUUUUAUCUUAACUUUGUGAUAAGCGAACUAUCGUGGGCGAAGAUGAGGAUUUGCGUUUUCCCUGCUCGUACAUGUAAAGCAGAGCGGACCGACAAGCGCAUGUGUGUGGUGCAAUGAUGCGAGUGCAAUUAUCGUUAAACUCUAUUUUUGUGUCUCUCGGGUAUGUAUGUAAAUAUACAAAACGUAUGUGUAAACUGUAAACCGCGCUGUAACGUGUUAGUUUACUUGGUGGUGCUAAGAGAAGCGUGCGAGAAACGUCUGAAUGCCGAGGGUGUUCCCCGGAGAUCUGUACUUGUCGGGUGUAACGCUACAUUCAACGUUUGAUGCGCGUCCCUCUUAGAUGCUGAUGAACGUACUUGUCAGCCCCCGCCCCCCCCCCCAAUCACGUCGCGUCGAAAAGCCACAAUCGUGACGAUCCGUCGUUUCUCAUUGCGACUCGUCGAGCUGAAAUUUUCUCCUCCCGAAUUAAGUCGUAAGAAUUAAUCAACGUCGAUAAUUAGUAUCACGGCUUCGAGAAAUAUAUAUCGUGACGUGUUGAUUUCGGAUCGCAAUUUUUUUCUAUCUUUUUAUAUUUCUUUUUUUUCCUUCUCUUGUGUGAUAACAUGUUGGAAGCGAUUGUUGAGAAACUGGAAUCACCGUUAAACGUGAGUAAGAAAUCACUGCCGUCCUUCGUGACGGAUAAUCACGCGCACGAGAUCGAUUUUGCUAUAUAUUGUAUCGCAUUGUACGCGUUGUAAAUGUGUACCGGGCACCCCGGGUGGCUGGCCGACGGAUUUGAUGUACGCGGAAUGCAGGAAAGACAGAGCGUUAGCUAUAUUAUUUUCGUAUGAUGUCUCCGGCGUGUUUGAAAAAACAAAUAAAUUAUGCUACACUUAUACAGUCAAGUAGGUGAGUUAUAACGAUACGUGCACGCAGCCAGUCACUGUUGAAGAAGAGGUUGAUCUACAAGUGUCGUGUCGGCGACACUUCUCGCGCCGACGACGAAGCGCAAGCGAAACGCAUUGCUUCUCGAAUGUUUUCCUUCGGAAAAAGGCGGAAAACAACGAACAAAAAUCCACGAGUUGUUCCGACUUCGUUUUCGUGAGAAGACACCGCAGCGGUGCUUACCUAUAGCGAUCAAGAAUAUUCGAGGGAAUGUUUUCCGCAUCUGAUCGAGUUCAGAUCUACCUCAUCUGAAACAGCAAGUAGCAAACAAGAUUUACAAAAAACAACAGAUGCAUAGAUGCAAUUCUAAACAUUUUCUUAGAUCCUAAGUGGUAGUAGAUUUGUAUGCAGGGUGUAGAGAGGCUGUAGCUAUAUAUACAAGGUACUAUAUAAAUUGUAAUACAAUAUUCUCCUCGGAUUAAAAUUAUAAUUUUAAGAUAUCGUCAUUAUUAUUACGAUUAUUAUAUUAUUAUUCAAUUAUGGAGAUGACAAUGCUUACAUUGAAAGAAGAAAAGGGAAAACACAUUAAACGACUGUAUUCACCUUAUUUAUUUAUUGUCGCACUGCAUAAUGUUCGUCUCUGGCGAAAUAAUCUCUGAAAGAAAUAUAUUUAUAAGGUAAUGUAAUAAAAUAUACAUACACAC